UUCAAAGCAAGAAUGACACAGUUUGACCUUUCCAACACGGAUAGUUCCAACGGUACGUUUCGAGGUUUCUAUACGCUUUUUUGGAUUGCUAUGGGCCUCUACGUUAUCCAAACGGUCGUACGAUGUUAUGAACAAGAAGGCAUACUAUUAAGUCUGGGCUUUUUUCGGCUAUUUUCAAAGGACGGGUUUACCCUCUUGAUUUCGGACAUGAUUAUGGUUUCCAUGACAACGUUUAGUGUUUUGUUUUCCAAAUUAUUCGUAUGGAAUGUUUUGCCAUAUGAAACGGUAGGAUACAUUGUCCAACACACAUGUCAGGCAUUUUUCUUAUUUGGGAAUAUUUAUUGGACAAUUUGGAGGGAAUGGCCUUGGGUUCAGUCUGGCUUUUUUACGAUGCACACCAUAGUAAUGAUGAUGAAGAUGCAUUCGUAUACAGUCCUGAACGGAGAUUUAUCAGUCAAAUACAGACGGUUAAAGCAUUUAAAGAGAGAGUUACCCAAGCUCGUAGCAGCAAGUAACAACAAUAGCAAUGUUACUGCAGAACAAGAAGAUACAAUCCAAGACAUGGAAGCAGAGAUAUCUUUUCUAGAAGGAGAGAUGGUGCAUGGAAAAGCUACGUUUCCCAACAAUAUUACCUUGACAAACUUUUUGGAUUAUUUACUCGUUCCAAGCCUGGUUUAUUGGAUGGAAUACCCUAGAACAGAAAAAAUCCGUAUUUGGUAUGUCUUUGAAAAGACGACUGCAACACUGGGCUCCUUCUUGAUGUUAUAUGUCACUACAGAGCGUUAUAUACUACCCAAAUUAUAUGAUCCGAGUAUGUCAGAACCACGGGUGAUAUUGGAGCUCCUAUUCCCUUUCAUGAUAAAUUACUUGUUCAUCUUUUAUAUAAUCUUUGAAUGCAUUCUAAACGCAUUUGCUGAACUUAGCAGAUUUGCGGAUCGUAAUUUCUAUGAUGAUUGGUGGAACAGUGUCACUUACGAUGAAUUCGCUCGUAAGUGGAACAAACCAGUUCAUCAUUGGCUUCUACGACAUGUCUAUGCCCAAUCGAUCCAAUCGUACAAACUCUCCAAGUUCAAUGCCACCUUUGUUACUUUCUUAUUAUCGUCUAUAUUUCACGAGCUGGUGCUGAUCAUAACGAGUCGAAAGAUUAGGCUGUAUAUGUUUGGUAUCCAAAUGCUUCAAUUACCUAUGAUUGUCAUCGGUCGAAUGCCUCUUUUCAAAAAGCAUUUCUGGUUGGGUAAUUCUUUUUUCUGGUUGUGCAUGUUUUUUGGACCACCCUUGCUAGGUAUCUUGUAU